AUGUCUUUCAAAAAGCCUGCAGUCCGACGGGGCGGAGCUCAGAGUUACUCCUUCCAGGGUAUAAAAACCUCUGGGGCAUGCAUCUGCCCACAGGAACCCUCCAGUGCCUUCUGUCACAGCAGCUUUUUUGCCAUGAUAUCUGCACAGCAGCCACCAUUCCCCAGCACAAUUCAAAGAGUAAUGGACUACCCAACUGAGGAAGAAGAAACUUGUGAAGAGCAGUAUGGUUCUGAAAACUGCACUUGCAGCUCCAACCAUGCAUCAUCAACAGCAGAAUCUGACUCAGAUUCACCAGUAACUCUUAAAAUACUACAGAGCUGGGCUCCUCAGAUUUCGCACUACUUCGAUAAAGCGCACUACACGUAUGUUGGCCACCAGAUCAUCAUUCAGGAGUCCAUAGAACAUUUUGGAGCUGUGGUAUGGCCAGGGGCACUGGCUUUAUCUCAGUAUCUGGAAUCAAAUCAAGAACAAUUCAACCUCAAAGACAAAAAAGUUUUGGAAAUUGGUGCUGGAACAGGCUUAGUUUCCAUUGUGGCCUGUAUCUUAGGAGCUUACGUUACGGCUACUGAUUUGCCUGAAGUUCUUGAAAAUCUCUCAUAUAAUAUUUCAAAAAAUACACAAAACAUGAAUAUACACAAACCUGAAGUGAGAAAACUGGUAUGGGGAGAAGGCCUCAAUGAAGACUUUCCUCUAUCCACUUGCCAUUAUGAUUUCAUACUGGCAAGUGAUGUUGUAUAUCACCAUGCAGCUCUGGAAGCCCUGCUAGCAACAAUGGUGUAUUUUUGUAAGCCAGGAACAGUAUUACUAUGGGCAAAUAAAUUCAGAUUCACUGCAGACUAUGAAUUUUUGGAAAAACUCGGCAAUAUAUUUAACACAACGAUUCUAGCAGAAUUUCCAGAAUCAGAUGUCAAGCUGCUUAAAGUUACAGUAAGAGAGAAUUAA